GAAAGAAAAUGAUUUUAAGAAGACACGGCGGCGUGGCGUGAUCGUUUUUAUCUAGUUCAUUCAAUUUUGUCGCGCUGUAGUGUCGAACCGUAUAGGUUUUGACUGCGGCGGAUGCCUCGUCACCUCGAAUAAAUAGUCAACGUUACCGCGCGGCGUGGUCAUUACAGAUUAUACUAUCAAAGAGGCAGUACGCCUCGCCACCCCUUCGAAAUAUUGACGUUUUGUCAUUUGUGAUAUAACGAUACACUUCGUAUCACGAUAAUUUUUAGGUUAAAUCAUCUACCUGUGAUCAGUGUAACUUUCUGAGUAAAAGCAAUUUGCUGAGUGCCUGCCUGUUUCAGUGAAAGACUUUUGGACUAGUUUACAUACAAAUAUGGAGUCAAAAAUGUCUUACAACCUGGACGUUAUGCCGAAUUAUUCGUACGUUUUCGAAUUUGAAAACGAAUUUCAACAUAAUAAGUAUAGGGAGUGGAUGACCGAAAACUGGACUGUGGCAUUUUAUUAUGUGGGAGCUUAUAUGGCUUUUAUUUACGGGGGUCAAUACUACAUGCAGAAUCGCCCCAGGUUCGAGCUCCGGCGGACGCUGAUGGUGUGGAACAGUGCCCUGGCUGCUUUCAGCAUCAUGGGCGCGUGCCGCACGAUACCGGAGUUCUACCACGUGCUGCGCAACCACGGCCUUUAUCAUUCCAUUUGUGUGCCAAGGUAAGUCCAGG